AUGUCGACAGAGGGGCUAACAAGCGAUGAAAUGCAGGCCAUCGAGAGACAACAAUUUGACCCUCUACCCCCGGAACAGCAGCAAUGGAUCGAUCAGCUCAUGAUAGAUAUAGGGUGUCCCAAGGAGACUAGCAAGACUCAGAAGGGAGCCGGCGCCAAGGCGAAAUCUGGACCAGCGCCAAAGAAAGAGUCUCCAAAGAAGAAGACAAAGAAGAAGAAUAAUAAUCAUAGAACACGUUCUUCGGACUCGUCCUCGUCACUAUCUUCAACACUAUCUUCAACACUAUCUUCACCACCACUUUCAGAGGAAGACGAAGAGGAAGAAAAAGAGGAGGAGAAGGAGGAAGACAGUGACGAAGAUCGUGAAGAAACGCGCCGUGACGAAGAACCCCUUUUCAAAAUCCGCACCGCCCGUGACGGUGAACCCUACCGCCUAGGCGAACACGUCCAACUGACCCUCGGAGACUUCAGUUCCUUCUUCUGGCGGACAUCCGAAAAGUACAUAAGCAUUGAGGAAAACAUCGUCGACGCAUAUUUCGAAUGCGUAAUCCGCUACAAGAACGAGGUUUAUGCGAAUAGUAUCCAACUAAAGUACGACGCGGAUCUGAAGCUAUAUAACGAGGCCAAGAGCCUACGACUACGCCCGCAAAGGACGCAACUGAAAUCUCGAGCUCGCAGCGCAAGUCCAAGGACGUUGUCUUCCCGGCAGAGUAGAAUCCGAGACAAGCCAACGUCCGAUGACUCUGAGCCCGAACCCCCAAUAUUGCCCACCGGCCCGUACCUCAAAGUCGCAUAUAUACGGAACCAAGUCUUCAAGCAAACCUUCCUCCCCGACGACGAAGACAUCCCCACAUUCAACACAGCAAUCCACACCCUCCUCUCCGACGCGCAUCUCACCGUCGCUCAAAUUCUAACCCUAGACUACAUAUUCUUCCCGCAAUUCGACUCAACGCACCACGUGCUGCUCGGGCUUGCCCCGCAACAGGGCUUCGUAUUCAUCAUCGAUUCCAUACAAGACACGCACGAGCGCGACCAAUUCCCCGCCGACGCCCUUCUCGCACUAGCCCUUUACAUCUGUCCACCCAGUUCCUCCUGGCCGCUGUAUGGGAAAUGGACAGCGAAGCCGGAAAGGGAGAUAGGGAAGUUGGAUAACAGUCCGCCGGCCGUGAAGCAGGGGGAUUUCUAUAAUUGUGGCGUGUUUACGUGUACGAAUAUGAUGUGUUUGGUGUUUGGGUACCGCUUGAUGUGUUAUAGACAGAGGGAUUUGAAUGGGGGGAAGAGGCCGCGCAUGGCGGCUGAGUUGAUGGCGCAAGGGUUUGGGGAGGAGCCGUUUAAGUAUCGACUGUUCGAUGUGCCGCGGGGGAUUGAGGAUUAUAAGACGGGAUAUGCGUAUGCGCCGCCUGGAGAUGAUGAGGAUGGUGUGGUUGGGACGGGAGAUGAAGCUGAAGCUGAGCAUGUGGAUGAUGAUGAUGGGGAUGUGGAGAUGGAGAUGGCUGAUGUUGCAGGUAUCCCACCACCCUCUCGCCGUCGCUAUCGCUCUCGACGCAUCCCCUUGCACCUCUCACCAGCAGCAGAGCCUCCAUCUGUACCUUCACCUUCUUCUCCACCAGCACCAUCCCCUUCCCCUCAUACCAAAGAGCCCAAACCCGAACCCAAAUUCAAACAAGAACAAGCACAAGAAACCUGGCCCCCUCAAUUCAACUCCCUCCACUACUCCAAAGCCGGUUUCAUCUAUGCCGACCCCACCAACCUUGUCGCUCCUUACCACACGCUCUCCCACACCUCUAUCGUGCGUGCUUGCCUCCUCUACGGCAUCCAGCAGAAGGACUAUGAGGUCUGGUAUCGCGAGCCGUUGUGGUUUUUCCGGAGAUGGUUUUUGAAUGAGGUGGCAGCAAGGUUGAGUGCGUUGAGUGGAGGGUUGAAGAUUAUGGGACAUGUGGAGGUCGGGGUUGAGAAGGAAGAGGGGAGGCGGAAAGCCCCUGUCCGCAGAGAUGAGCCAAAACGCGAAGCCCCAAAAAAGUUUAAGAGCUUCAACACGACAAGCCGAAUUUGUUCCUCGACUUCGUCCAUCACUCUCUCCAUGUUCGCAUCACUGUCUCGCGGGAGCACACGAAUUGGCAAGCCAUACAUAUGUUCCUCUUGCCUAUCAAACCUCCUCGCCCCCUCAGAUCCCCAAUUCGCACACCUCACUGCGACCUGUGUCAUUCAAACCGCAUCAUUCUCUUCGACAAGGCACCAUGGCAAGUCGAAAAAGAAAGAACAGUUGGGUGAGGCAUCCAAGGAGCCUGCGGUGGUGAAAAGGGACAAAAAGUUAGAGUUGGCUGCGCAGAACCUUUCUAAGAAGCAGUCCAAGUUGAUGAGCUCGGAAUCCACUCCGAAAGAUGAGGCUCCUGAUACUACGGAAGGAUCGAAAACGGAGGGUACCAGUAAAGCUUCUGCAAAGAAGGCUACCAAGCCUCCCAAAUCCUUGGGCGAGAGAUUGAAGAAGAAGAGAUCAAAGCAAGCAGAGGAUAUCGAAUUAGCCAAAGCUAUCAUGGCUGCGAAAGUGCUCGAACCGACGAAAUCAACAAAAUCAACGGAACCAGCGAAACCAGCGAAACCAACGAAACCAGCGAAACCAACGAAACCAGCGAAACCAACAAAACCAGCGAAACCAACAAAACCAGAAAAACCAACAAACCCAAAACCAACAAAACCAGAAAACCCAGUUGCAAACCGGAAGAAAGGGUCAGUCGGGAAGGUCCAAAAACCGAAAGUAAAGGCAGCACCAGCGAAAACAACGACAGUUGAUACCGCUGCACAGAUCAAAACUCAUAUCGGCGCACAUGGAGGAGGCGCGGCCAGAAACGCACUGGUCCAAGCUAUCCAGGGUAAAGUGCAGACGGUACGUAAAAGCGACCAAGCCGAGCUCUUGAAAAUUCGAAAGUUGGUGACAUCUGGACUGCCUCAAAAUCGUCAAGCACUAUCCAUUGGUCAAGCUAUGGCGAAAAUAUCGGGGCGGAAAAAUAGUAGACGACCACUAGGACAACCAACAAUAAGAAAGGUCGGCAGUGUGAACAAAGUUACUCAAAUUGGAAAAUUGUUGACAGACCCUGAAAUCGAGACUAUAAACGCUUCAAGUCUGGAGCUUGUACCUAUUCAGCAAGAGCAAUUGCAAGUUCCCAGUCUUUCCUACGGAUUGGAAAGAGUGUUGUUCAACCCAGGCGUAUACCAACUACAAGACCCUCGGUCCCGUGUCUUCAAUUUUGAUCCUUACUUGGAGACGAUUAUGCCAGUCACUGAAUUCGAUUUCACUUUGCUAAAAAAGUUUAUCACAUCUUCACGGGAUAAAACUCUAUUAUCAACGGCGGCGGCGGAAAAGAAAAAGUACACUGGUUCGACAUCCAGUAUGACCUCCACGCUUUCACAUUUCCAUUACCUGCUGUCGCAGUGGCGGCCAAUUCAUACCGGGGUUCUUUCCAAGAGCUUUCCGGUUCCAUAUGACACGUUCACAGGGUUGCAUCGUGCACCGACCUCUAUGUUUCUGCGAUACAGGGACGGUGUCUACGCCAUCGACGCUGACAAACAGUACGACACCGCAAAUGUUCUCAGUAUGCUCGGACAGUCGAUGGAGAAGCUUCUUACUUUGUCGACCGAAGAGUUCGAGCAAUACAGGAAGCACAGCAUUGAUCCUCCAUCCGAAGAGGAGCGCAGCAAAUCCGAAGCUUAUCAUUAUACCACAUUGGGUGACUUCCUGAUGAGAUCCCAGCUGGACGCCCAUGAUCCCAGGGUUCCCGGUACUGGCAUGUUUGAUCUCAAAACCAGAGCAGUAGUCUCAAUUCGGAUGGACGUCCAACAAUAUGAGCAUGGCAGUGGGUACGAGAUUCGCGGCCGUCACGGCGAAUAUGAGUCCUACGAGCGAGAAUACUACGACAUGAUCAGAUCUGCUUUCUUGAAAUAUUCAUUGCAGGUUAGAAUGGGUCGCAUGGACGGCAUUUUCGUUGCUUUCCAUAACAUACAGCGAAUCUUUGGAUUCCAAUACAUCAGUCUUCCCGAAAUGGAUUACGCAUUACAUGGCGCCGAUGACGUGACAACCGGAGAUGCAGAAUUUAAGCUCAGCUUGUCGUUGCUGAACCGCGUUCUUGAUCGUGCCACGGCUCGCUUCCCUGAAAAAUCAAUACGGCUUUUCUUUGAAACGAGGCCUAAGACGCUUGCGGAAGAAUCGGUCCCUUACAUGUACAUCUUUGCAGAACCUAUAGAAGAGGAGAAGAUUGAGAAAAUCCAAUCUACAAACAAGGAAAAGAUUGAAGAAUUCGAGAAGACGGUUCUGGGGUUGCAUCGGGAAGAGAGCGAAGAGGAGAAGAAGGAACAAUGGGAAAGUCUUCAAGCUAAGGUGCAAGCGAGUAUAGAGAAUGACGAGAUCAACCCAGGAGAAGUGAAUGGUGAGAGUAAUGGGAGUGAACAAGAUGGUGUAGAUCCAUUGGCGUCCGAUCUCGAAUCUAAUGAUGUUGAUGAAGUUGAAGAGCUUGACGAGGAGACCCAGCACGAUGACUUGGAAGAAAGGGAAUCCGAGCUUGAAGGAGUUGAGUCGGACGAGAUCAUUGACGAGGACGUAACAAGUCAAGAGCAGGGGAGUGAUGUGGAAGAAGAGUUCAGUGUCAUCAAAGGCCAAGAAGAAGAAACGUUGCUGGAUGAGGAGAGCGGCAAGGAAGAUAAUAUUAUUGACGAGGACGUAACAAGUCAAGACCAGGAGAGUAAGGUGGAAGAAGAGUUCAGUGUCAUUAAAGGCCAAAAAGAAGAAACGUCAAAGGAUGAGAGCGGCAAGGAAGAUGAUAUCAUCGACGAGGACGCCUCUAGUGAAUCAGAAGAAUUAGUCUCCACCGAGACUCUCGAGCCGGAACUCGUCGAAAAUGAAGAUCUCAUUAUGCCUGAGCCCACACAGGAGGACAUCACCACAGCUACCAAAUCCCCAUCCCCAAAUACCGAAGAAGAUGCCUUAGUCGAAGACAUGAUGGCUGUCACCAACGGCGGUGACGGCAAGCCACUUCUAGCCAUGUACCUUACGAUUCGCAACAAAGUAAACGGCGAAUUCGUUACACGCCCCAACAACCUCAAGCCAGAAGAUGAAUGGAAAGUCGAAUACGCGCUUGCCGAAAUAUCCGAUUCAGAAAAGGCGCGCAAAUUGCUAGAAGCAUCGCAGAGGAGACAAGCGGUAGCGUUGACGAAGCAGAAGGAUGAUGGUAGUGAGAAGGCAUGGAACAAUGCGUAUAUUGACAAUAUCAGAAAGUUGAGUGACCAGGGGAGGCUGUAUCGGAAAGCGGUUGAUAAGAAGGAGAAGAUGAUGCCGAAGAAGGUGUUGGACGAGCGUGAUGAUGUUGAAUAA